AUGCAGGCUACGUGGAGGCCCGAAGGUCGCCCGGCGGGGCAUGAGGUGGCAACCUUUGCUGGAGGGUGCUUCUGGAGUGUGCAGCUUGCCUUCGACCGGCUCCACGGCGUGCUCUCCAGCUCCGUGGGCUACGCGCAGGGCCAAAAACAGCACCCGACCUACAAAGAGGUGUGCACGGGAACGACCGGGCAUUCCGAGGCAGUUCAGCUCGUGUAUGACCCAGAGCAGAUCACCUACGCCCAACUGCUGGAUGCCCUGUUUGAGAAGAUAGACCCUCUCCAGCGCGAAGGUCAGGGCGCGGAUGUCGGAUCGCAGUACCGUACCGGCAUCUACACCCACAGCCAGGUUCAAGCGCAGGCUGCCAAGCAGAAGAUGGCUUCCGUCGAGGGCUGUGCGGUCGAGGUGGAGCCAUUCACCGUCUUCUGGCCCGCAGAAGAGUACCACCAGAGGUAA